AUUAGUCUUUUAUCAUCGCUCCUGCAAUGCAGUCGUAAUUUACUAUUGGGGCUUAUUGUGUAUGUAUACAGAAACGGGCAUGUUGUUAAAAAUGUGCACACAUUCGAUGAUAUUGCACUUUAUAGAAUUAAACAGCACUUUGCAGCAUUAACAUAUCAAUACUUUUACUGCACUUCUAAAAACUGUCUGAUAUGACAAUUUUGAAUUAAUCACACAAAUCGCAUUCGCACAAGUAGAUUUUAGUCAUCACAAGUACGACAGUCAAAAUCAAGAUGCUGCAUUUUACAACUACACUUACGUUGUUAAUAUUCAAUGAAUUGAUAUCUUUAGCUCUCGCCUUACCACAUAACAAGGGCACGGGAGAAGUAAUAAUGGCUAAGAAUGGAGUACAAGCAGAGCCCACGUGUGAAGAAUUGAAGGCUAUGUGGAGAUUUUCUAAAAGACAAUCCAGAGCUGCAGAAAUAACCAAUGAAAUACCAAUGUAUAGAGAUCCAUUCAGAGACAACGUAUGGACUCCUUACUUUGCCACAUCAAGAAGUAUUGGAGGACAAAAAAUAGGCCGUUACAGAAAUCAACCAAUUUUUGGUACUAUUGUUCACAAUCCACCAUACAUGAGAAAACAAAAUUCUGCUGAGAGAUAUAAAGCAUUCGAAGAAGUUGCUAGACUAUACGGUAUGCCUGUAGCUGCAGAACCAAGACGAAAAGUUACAACGUUUCGGUUGCCCGGAGGAGGACGAAUAAGAACUGUUGGGAUUCCUCCAGUCCAAGGCAGUUUUCAACAUUUGAAGGAAUUAAUUAAAACAGAACGAGCUCGUGAGCUGGAACAACAAAGAGCGAGUGAGGAGGCAGCAGCAAGAGCUGCUGCUCUCAAAGAUAUGACAAAAGGAAAACCAAGAUUGCACAGUUAUUUGGAUGGUUAUGAAUACCUAUCUGAUGAAGCGAAUUACGAGCCUAGCGAAUAUAACACACCAAAACCGGGACUUUUAUCAUUUCCCGAUCCCUUGGCUCCAACUGCUAGACAUAUGAACUUUAGAAUGACACCGGAUUACGCAUAUACCAGAAGUGGAGGCCGUUUCAAAACUUACAAACCUACACUUUUUGAUGCUCCAUUUCCAGACGGCUACAGUGGUUAUCUACCAUAAGCAUCUGAAGUCAAUAUGUUAGAUAUUAUGUGUGUUAUACCACCCUCUUUCACAUGUUCUAGCAAAGAUGACAACCCGAUAUGUCAUAAACUUUAAUAUAUGAGGUAUCGAUUACAAAAUGCAAAGUUAUAAGGAAACAGUGUUAGACUGAUUAACCCAAAUCGUUUUGUUGUUUAAACUCCAUAUUUGUGCAUAAAUAUUUAGUAUAUAUUUAUGUAUUUUCUCUAUGAACUGAUUUAGAGUUGAUAGGCUUUUUCCCUAGCUUCAGAACAAAGAUUGAAUAUUUUUGUAAGUGCCAGAAAAUGUGAAUGCAAACUUCUCAAUGACAAAAAAUUAAAUUCUAAAAUGGCUACAGAUAAAUUAAUGUUUCAACAUUGAGAUAUUUGCUAUUCAAAAGUUUUUCCAAUAUUGCAGUAAAUAAUGAAAUCCAUUAUAAUACUUAAAAUGCAUAAAUUACAAAACAUUCCUUCAAAUAUUAUCUGGCAGUUAUUAAAAUAAUAAAAUAUUUUUGUAGUUCUUCAUUUUAGGUAUUAAUUAUCUGUGACUGAUCAAAGAAAAUUCUCAAGUCUGGAAUAUAUAUUUAUAAAUAUAUAAUAUAUGUACAAAAUGUAUUGGGAUAGAUAUAUUUUCAAUUUAUAUUAUUGUUUAGUGGAGGCUGGAUAGACUAAUUUGAGUGGUAUGAAAAAUAUUUUUAUCGCAAUCCAUUUUAGCUUUUGUACAAUCAUAGUAAUUAUUUCCACUAAAUAAAUUUGUACGUAUUAGAUUAUCACGCCUUGAAAGAGCUAUGUAUUGUUAAUAUUUUGAAAACUCUAAAAAAAAUAGUUAAAAAAGUCCAAAUUAGUAAAUUAUACUCUAGAUUCUUUGUAUUCAGUCUUCCAUAAAAAACUUUUAUGACAAAAAGACAAAAACCUACGAAUUUAGUAUUAUUUGCAUUGCAUACCCAAUCAUUUAAAAUUGCUAUAAAUUUACUUCACAACCAAUAAGUACCUAAUUGUAAUUUUUACAAAUAGAUCAUUCAAGGUAUCUUUGAUACACGCUGUAUAAAUAUCAAUUUGAACUAAAAAUAGGUAAUAUUACAUAUCUUCAACUAAACGGUAGCUCCAAAAUUAAAAUAUUUUAGAGUAGUGUAUCAAUUAAGGAGACAUACAAAUUUGACGUAAAAUUAAUUGACAAUAAGCAAGAAUUUAUAAGAAGGCUUGGUAGCUUUAUCAUGUAAUGAACAAAUCCAAAACUCAAAAUAUACAAAUUGUUAUUCUAUUUUUAUAUAUAACAUAUAUACAAGUUCAGUUAAAACAUUUAAUAUAAAUGAAAGUUUUAAUGUGUCCCAUUACACCAUUACCAUACCAUGAUCGUGCUAGGCCGAACUUGGCCGACAAAAAACAUUAUCUGCUUUACAAAGUACGACACUAGUCCCGCAAAGCCAUUCCAUCACCUACCUACAUAGUAGCGUACCAUGAACGGAACAAGCACAGUGUUCCAACUCUCAAAAAUUCAUUCCCUUAAAGCCCCAAUCAAAAACUCUUAACACUUACUAGGGAUUCCCCCUAAAAAAAUUUAUUAUCAAUAUAAUGAAUAACUACAUAUUUUAAAUAAAUAAUAUAUUAAAAAUAAUAAAAUAUAAUUAAGCAAAUAAUAAAUUUCAAGCAAUAAAUAAAUAAUUCCGUUCAGCAACAUCAUUCUUUUAAAUUCUUUAUUCAAAAAUUAUCGAAAACUUCAACAACAACAAAUCAUUUUCUUCAGAUUUUGAUUUCUCAGGGCCUAUUCUGUAACACCUUUAUUUUUGAAUAAUUUGAAAUAACGAAAAACAAAUAUUUGAUACCUUAAAAUGUCCCAUCUCAAAUUUUCCCUCUUAAAUUUGGGGGAAAAGUUGGGAACCCUGACGUAGCGGCAACAAGUGUCGAUAUUUAGCUGGUGCUGGGAUGAGUAUGCGGGUAUUAGCGAUAAGCAGUGCAAAAAAUCUAGAUAAUUAUUUAUUAAAAUAUUUUAAGACAAUAAAUGCGGAGUUAAAAGUAUCGAUGUUUCGAUAUUAAUACUGUCCGGAUCACGAUUACUGAAAAAAUUGUAAAAAUACUCGAACGAGAAAAAACUUGAACAAAUAAUAAACAGAAAAUUAUUACUUUUCUAGCACUACUCUUAGGUUAACCUGCUUCUAUUAUCUAGCACAACACAGAAUAGCAGCCGAAGCAACACAGAUGAUACUGAGGAAGCUCAAAUACUUCAAGGCGAUUUUAAAGUGAAACGGCGUAAAACCCCACGAAUCUUAUUUCUGGUUAUUGUUAAAGUUCCUUAGGGACACUAACAGAACUUUGAGAUUCUACUCUAUUUGUGCUAUGAGAUAUAAAUUUUUCAUGCCCACACCAAAUGAAUGAGUCGUUAGGUUCUGCUGCAGCUUGGAUUGACGUUAAAUCUAAAGAAUGUUGUCUUCUACGUUUGUGGUCCUAGCGAAUAUCACCCAUUAUCUUUGUGAUAGCUUGGGACAUGAGAAGUGAAGAUGUAAAAUGGAGAUGUUCCAAUCAUGGGUCUAAUAUUACAGCUGUUAAGAGAAAAAUAUUGGAGGGGUGGGAAUAUGUCGGUUUUUUUCGUAAAAUCUCCUAAAAAUUCGGAUAGACUUUUUUGAUUUGAUUUUUUAUUCCUUCAGUCGCUUCUUCAAAAACACCAUGAAGAGCAACGUUUUGAAAUAUAUGAAACUGGGAAGUUGCAAUCAUAUCAGAUUUUUUCAAUUGUAGCACUUAUACAAAAACUCGCACUCUCUUGUGUCUUUCAAUUUAUAAGUUAUAUAUGAAACUAGCAAAAUAUUGCAAUAAUAAGGUAUAUACAUAAAUGAUACGAAGUAUAGAGAGAUACUGGAAAAUAUAGAAUACGUUUAAUCAAAAUAAAUGAAUUUCUCAAUAAAUAUUAUUGUUUUCAAUAAAUAAUGAGAAAAAUAUGUUUGGUUUUAGGAAUUUUCGAAACUUUAAACGAUGAAUAUACCUUGGUAUACCUUGGAAACUUGCGUCAGACAGUACAAUUGUAACUGUUGGUGUAGUAGUAUUAUAAAGGAACGUGUUUUGUGGAAAAAGAAAUGAAAAAGAAA